AGUCCGUACGAGUGACAGUCAAAAUCUAAAUUUUGAUUUUACUGUGGCGGCUGUCGAGUCUGUGGAGAUUUUCAACCGUGCUUUUGAUAUUAUUGUUGUUAUUACUUAUAAUAAUUAGUUAUUAUCACUUGCCAUUGAGUUCACAGUACGAAUAGUGAAGUACAGUAGUUAAAAAAUCUAGCUUUGAUCAGGAGUCAGGACAGUUGGCACGAUGCCGAAGAUUCGUCGUAACAAAAAUCCUCCACCUGAAGGAUGGGAGCUCAUCGAAACUACCUUGGAAGAACUGGAUAAGAAGAUGCGAGAAGCAGAAGCGGAGCCUCACGAAGGAAAACGCAAAGUAGAGGCUCUGUGGCCCAUAUUCAAACUGCACCACCAAAAGUCUCGCUACAUUUAUGAUCUCUACUAUAAACGGAAAGCCAUCAGCAAGGAGCUGUACGAUUUCUGCUUGAAGGAAGGUAUUGCGGACAAGAAUUUGGUUGCCAAGUGGAAGAAACCUGGAUACGAAAAUCUCUGUUGCCUUCGCUGCGUCCAGACACGUGAUACCAACUUUGGGACUAACUGCAUUUGCCGCGUCCCCAAAACCAAAAUGCAGGAGGAACGCGUGAUACAGUGCGUGCACUGCGGAUGCAAAGGAUGUUCGGGCUGAGUUUUGGCAGUACCCGUCUGUUGGCUUUAUCAUUGCUUUUGUUCCCUUUUGUUAAUGUAUGAUAACCGUAAAUGGGAAGGAUUUACGUUGUCCUCACUGUUAAAAUCGUAUCCGUUAACUGUUUAGUACGUAUUCCGCCUCCAGACGAACAAAUUUGCUGUAUUAGUGCUUACAGCUUACAGUAAGAUGCUUACUCGUUUCUUUUAUCGACAGUCUUAAAGUACUUUUUUACAUAUAGUAGCAAUAAUUACUAUCCGAUUCCAUGUGCUUGGUUGCUUUGUAAAUAAAUAAGAAGAAGUAAAGCUGAAGAAAGCCAA